GUUCUUUCAGAAUAAAUCUAUCAUUAUCUGCAUGUCUGCUUGGACGCACUCCGUUUCUUUGACCUCCUCGGUCUUAAUAUCACAUGUCACUUUUGCCUUAGGACUGAGAUAUCAACUUAGCCCUCGUUUGGAUCAAGAACAAUAUUCAGCACUCCUGGGAUAAGUUGUCUUGCUGUCACCUCGUCUCUCUUCUCAGGAGCACCAGUGUUGAACACUUCCUGCAUGAUAUCCUCAUGUGUAGCUGUUGACUCUACUCAGUCAUAGGACAACCCAGCUGGAAUAGGUAUGCUUCCCUGCUUAUCUCUCGUUCCCGUGUUUCGAUUACUGGGAAGUGACGUUCGAUAGACGCAUUUUGAGAGGGAUAGUCUGUGACAGGACACUUUUUGCUGCUCCUUGGCUCCUCGCAGGGCAGUCGACCAGGCCACACAAGAUGAAGCAUGAUGCACGUUCAGCAAAGCUGAAAGGAAAGCGCUCAGCUCCCAAUCUCAGAACAAAAAGAAGUGCCAUCAAUAUUCCUGCCAGCGGCAAAGCGCGUAAAGCGAUCAAGCAAAACUAUGUACCAGGCCAAGGCCCCGAGAGUCGGAUCAACGAAUCGAAUGAUAAGCAAGAUGGCGAGUCUCAGUCGAAGGAAGUCCCACGAUUUAUGCUGUUCACUGAGACCAAGAUUAAGCCUGUCGAGUAUCGGCCACCGCGUCAAUACACAGGUCCUGCUAUUCCUAAGAUUAUGGGAAUUGAACCGAUGUUCUUUCGGCCGAAACCGGUUGAGACCAAGCAAGAGACACGGAAAGAGAGGAUCCUGAAGGAGAUCAGAAAGAGGUAUCAAGUCAAGAAAGCUCGUGUGAGAGGCAUCGUGAAGAAUCUUAGGAAUAUCAGAGCGCUCAGGACGUUGCAUGCGCUGAAGGCUUCUGUGAAGGCGAUGCGUAAGGAUGCGCAAGAACGGCUUCUCGAGUGCAAGCCAAUUUAUCAUAUCAAGGAGAUCAAAGAGCUCAGGCGAGCCUCGAUGAUUCUUGGCCUACCUAGGCUUCAGAAGAGACCGCUGUCAACUUUGUCUAUAGGAAGCACCAUCACACUCGGGAACUGUCGACGAUACUCUGAAAUCUCAGUAUACAGCAGGGCAGCGGAUUCUCCGAAGCUCGCAGAGCUUUUCGCAGAGGCUGGCACUAGUACACAGGUCGAAGACGGACCCGGCCCUACAAUAGUGAAUGAAGACGAGGACCGCACAGUGCGCCAGUCCCUGUUGUUUUUCUCAGAUGUGGCCUCUCUUAUUCAAACACAUCCAAAUUUUAGAAAUUCUGGCGAAGGUAUCACCCGCACUGAGUCUUUAGCAUCUUCUUCCUCUUUCCUUCAGCAGCAGAGUAGUCGUCCACUGUCACUCUCGUCAUCCAUCCUUCAAUAUCACAGCUUCUCCAAUAACCUCUACGGAGUUUCCCCUCGAUCUUCUUUCUCAGAUACUUCUUCUGACCUGACGAUCACCCCCCUAAGAAUCCAGAAAAAAGCCAGGAUGCCACCCGAACCAGGUUCGGCGUCAAAGGACCCCUUUGUUGACUCUUCGACUGGUGGCAGUAACACCGCAGACAACCCUGGUAACACGCCUCAGUCUCCAGUAUCUGAAGGUGUCGUGGAGAAUACAGCAGAAAACGCUGCAGACACUGCAAAACCAGACCAGGACAACACAAUCUCUUCUGAGUCUUCAAGACCUGAGGCUCUCAAUCAAGACAAAAACACUAACAAAGAUACACCUCGACAUGCAAGCCAUGGAACUCGUAUCCAUGCCCCGGCUUCCCAGAAGUUGGGUACUGCAGGAAACCAACAGAAAGGCACGCGAGUGACUUCUGAGCACCGUAGCUCAAUCCCUGUGGCGGUCCGAAAAGUUGGCACGGAGCAUCAGAACAUGCCUGAAGUUGGCUCUAGUGGACACGAGGCUGGUGAAACCCGUGCCACUGAAAGUACUCGCAGGCCUCAUGUGUCGCCUUUCCAGCAUCAAAUAAAUACUCUGUGGGGGUAUAUACGAGAUGAAGACAUAGCAAACGAGGUUUCCCGCUACUCAUCCACAUCGUCCUCCAGUGGCGACUGGGAUGAUGAGCAGGAUGACGAAGACGAGCUUGAGAGGCCCACCGGUUACACUGGCGAUAAUCGUCAGCCAUUCGAGCGAUCUGCUCAAUGCUUCUACGGACCACGUCUGCAGAUCGCGGCGUCGGCGGAAAACGUUAUCAUGGGCACCCCGAAGCUUUCUUCGAAAUCGUCUCCUGAUCUCAAAAGAGACGCCCCUCGUACUGCUACACAGGGUAGCUCUCACAACGCACGCCUCGGUCAGCAGAGUUCCAGAUCGGUUGAAGGAGGUCAUGAAGCAAAGAUCAGCCCUGCUGGAACCCCUGAAGCUUCUCGGAACUUUUGUCGCCCCCGGCCUUCUCUUGAGAACAUCUCCAGAAGGGACUUCAGUGGACGUGAGCUUUCUAUUCCACGAAAACCUGUUGGUAGCCCAAGCUUGACCGAUCUCCACAAUCCCAGUUCGAAUGAACUUCCGUCUCAGUACGUGGUGCCUACUGUGCCCAAGAUUCCAGAUGAACAUAAUGCGUUCUUGAACAAGGACAAACCUUUGCCUGAACUGAAACCUGCGAGGGCCAAAGGGGCAGCAGCCGCUGACAGCCGGCAUCCUACCCGGACGUCCUCGCUACAGUCGGUUCCCGCUAGUCAAGGAGAGUCUGCCAUGACUACUCCUCGCACUCCCAGUAUACCACACCCAGACGGCGCAACAGAUUUGGAACGCACUGUGACCUUUGACGAUAUCGUGCUCGAAAACAAACAUAGCGCACAGCGCGGAAAAGGCAGGUUCCCAGACUCGAGGAGCAAUCGCAUGCUUGACAGCUUUCGCAACAUCUUCAAGCAUAAGAAUGCCGCUGAAAAAGCACGUAUGAAGAAUCAAGAGAGCACCGACGCUGCGGUAGAAGAGUCUGCAGACCAGGCUCAAAGCGGCGCAGUCGAUCGUGCUAGUAAGGAUGAUGGUAAAUUUGAAUCGGCAACGACAGCCUCUAAGCCACGAAUCAAGUCCCCCAGACUGCCCGAACGAGCUGGUUGGAGCAAGGGUGCUCGCAGCAUUAGUGCCCCUAUCCAUGUCUCACCCGGAGCGUUCCCGACUCCUACUUCCUCAUUAUCUUCCAUCCCGGCCCCUUCGCCACGUGUCUACGAGGAACACCAAACUCCCUCGUUUGCUAGGCCUACCAAGUCAACACGUACUAGAGCGGCCACAAACCCUAGGUUGCGAACCCCUGUUGCUGCAGAUGGUCGCUCCCGGAGAACUUCAGCGAUGGCAGCUUCUACUGGAAGCCCGCAGCGCUCGACCCGCGUUUCUCGUCAUCUCAGAUCAGCGACUGGAUCCAAGAAGGCAUCACAGGCCAAAAAGAUCACAGAAGAACAGGCAGCGAUCUCCGAGUCUCCAGGGGCUGCUUAUUCCCAGACAACUCAUACCUCAAACACAGAUUGGUUGAAUCUUCCUAAGGAGCAGAAAGAUGAGGAGAUCUCUGCCUUUAUUCCUCGGAUUUUCCGAGAGAUAUGUGAAGAGACGGACAGGGAUAAGAGAGCAGAGAUGCUUCGGGAAACUCUCUCGCUCAAGCAUCAACUGGAUACUGUGAACAACGCGCGUGCGGUUGUUACAGAAGCCGAGGAGACGCUACGCAAGAAAAUGGAAAAGAAAACCGUUGCGGAGCGAGCUCUAUAUGAGAAGUUUCUUCAAGCUCGGACCAAAGUCGCCUCUUAGAGUGUCAGCUCAUGACUUGCACGACUGAUGACGAUUACGGAGUAUCACUUUCACCUGAUUUCUGUCUUAUGACUGACGAAUGAAUGAGCAAUGACAUUUUUUGCUGUCUUGCGUUUUUGAUACCCUGGCCUCGGUCAUCGUUGAGUCGAUUCACACGUUUCUUUACUUAUCUCUUUGUUGACCUUCAUUCAACCCUAACUCAGGCUGCGUAUGAUGGUUUCCUUUUUGUUGGUUUCAGUUGCUCCUUCUGCUUGUCUUCUUCUUUGGUGUUUCAACUGGGCAAAAAAACAAAAUUCACAAAAAAAAGGCUUCUGUCCGAGUGAGCACUGCAG